AUGGCAGCGCCGCCUCCGCCGCCUCGCGGCCUCUCCCUUUACGAGAACCUCCACGACCCUAACGAUCCUUCGCCCUCGGCGACCAUAUCCUCCGGCCCUGUCCUCUACUCCCAAACCGGCACCACGUCUGCCUCUGCCACCGGUCCUCUUCUCAAGAAGCCCAUUGACCCUGCGCUGCGCUUCCAGCCCACGCGCCGCCCGCAGCCGCCCAAACCCAAACCCAAACCCGCCGUUUCCAAAUCCAUCCCCAAACCACCUGCCGCCGCGCCGACAGAACCGCCGCCACCACCGCCACCGCCACCGUCCUCCGACACCGACGCCGUAAAUCCCAGCACUGUAGCACCUACAUCAAAGAGCACGCUCGCGGACUGGGCCGCCACCGAAGACGACGAGUGGCUGUACGGCACCGGGGAGAAGCGCCAGCGCGGUGGGCGCAAGGCCAAGAAGAAGCGGCAGGCCCAGCAGCAGCAGCGAGAGACGGACUGGGACGACGUGUAUGAUGCGUCGAGGCCGACGAACGUGGAAGAGUACCUGCGCAGCGAUGAGAAAAUCGACGAGGUGCGCGAGUGGAAGGCGUUGCUGUACGGGCACCGCAGAGUCAGGGCGCCGGACAGCGACGGGUCGUCGGAUGAGGAGGACGCGAGACCCGUCAUGCGUCCGAAUAAUCAAUUCGCGCCUCCGCCGUCAUACGCCGCCGUCCCCCCGCCACCAUCCUCUCCUCCUACAACAUCCGCACCACCACCUCCUCCUCCUGACGAUGCCUCUGGCGACGACGCAUACGCCCGCCGUCUCGCCCUAUCCUCCACGUCCUCCUCGCAACCACCUCCCCCUCCCUCGUCCACCACCAUCUCCGCCGCCCCCAUCCUCUAUACGCAACAAGAACAAGAACAAGCACCAUCUCCACCGCCGCCGCCACGCUCUCCGUCCUCCCGCCCCGGCCAGGCCGGCUUCGCCCACCGCCUCAUGGCCAAGUACGGCUGGACAUCUGGCCGCGGCCUCGGCGCCGCGGCCUCCGGCAUCGUCAAUCCUCUCCGGGUGCAGGUCGAGAAGCGUCGCAAAAAAGCAGACGCCGAUGGCGGCGGCUGGGCCGAACCCGCCAACAAGGGCAAAAUUAUUGGCGGCCGCGGCGGCGGCAACGACGACCAGCAGCAAGGGCUCAGCAACGUUAUUGUGCUGCUCAACAUGCUCGAUAAUAUGCCCGAUCUGGCCGCCGAGGUGGAAGACGGCCUUGGGCAGGAGAUUGGUGAGGAAUGUGGCGAAAAGUAUGGCCGCGUGGAACGGGUAUAUAUUGACACGGAGACGCAACGCGUUUUCAUCAAGUUUACGGACCAGAUAUCCGCACUUAAGGCAAGUGUACCGUCACUGGCUUACAUCAUCAGCAACUCUAACAUGGUACAGGCCGUUAGCGAACUACAGGGUCGCGUGUUUAACGGAAACACAAUUACGCCAAAAUAUUACAAUGACGACGCCUUCGACCGAGGCGUAUACACCACGUAG